CACGGAAGUAUUUUGGGGUGCGGACCUGAGCUUAGAGGCGUGCAGACGCAUGUUAUCAGUUUGGCGCCCUUCUCACAUUUUAGUCGGAUGUCCUGAAUAGCAGCAGAUGUGGAGGAGCAAGUUUCUUCGGGGGGCUGUCUGUCUCUUGCAAGGGGCAGAUCGCCGUUAUCCCUGUAAACGUUUUCAGCUUCAUCUCUGGAGAUAUUUCUCUUUUUGUCAGCCAUCCCUCCAUCCAUCGCUGCGGUGUUCUGUAAAGGCACCAACGGGGUAUCGCUCUGAAAUCAAAUUGAGACAUGCUGUUCCUUUAUAUUUCUAUAGAACUUUGAGAAAAGAUGCGACGUCUACAAUAGACUUCCCUCUCCAUCCCCUCACGGUGACUGACAUCAAGCAGUAUCUUCGCUCAAGAGAUAUUCCUUUCCAUGAUGGGUACAGCUGUUUGCAUGCUCCUAGUAUCUUUUUGGAACCUGGUUCUGGUAAAGAGAACCACUCACUGUUUAUCGAUAAAACCACUGGACAAUUUUCAUGCAUGGAGACUUUGGUGGAGGGGACCUGGGAGGACCUUCAGGAUUGCAUCGAGGUGAUGUUAAACGAAGGACAGACAUCGAUAAGCCCUAAUGUGCUGUUGGGUUUUCCUGAGAGUGUGGAGGAGCAUGAGGAGAGAGAGAUGGAGCUGAAAGAGGUCCAAAGAAUCUGGAGCAGCUCCGUGCCUUUCUCCGACCUCCUUGAUGAGGAGGUGCAGCUUGUCAAAACCAUGUUCCAGAUUGGUAAACUCACCAACGCCACAUUGAAAAGAUUCGGCGUCCGGUUAUUCAAACCCACUAAGAGCUUGGUGUUCCCGUGGUUUAGCGGGCGUGAUUCAAGCCUCCGGGGCGUUAAACUCCUUACUGCUGCCAUCAAAGGUGAAGGGCAGGUGGUCUACACUGAAGCUACAGUUCCAAAAGUUUCCAGCUACCACAACCUCUUCGGUCUGCCUUUAAUAGCGCACAAGGAUGUUGAGGUUGUGCUUACAGGACAUGAGUUGGACAGCAUGGCAGUAAGUCAGGCCACUGGUCUUCCGUCUUUGGCCUUGCCACGGGGCGUCAGCUGUCUGCCCCCCAUCCUCCUGCCUUAUUUGGAGCAGUUCAAGAAAGUUUCAUUAUGGCUGGGAGGAGAUAUGCGCUCAUGGGAAGCCUCAAAAAUCUUCUCCAGAAAACUUGGACUGAAACGCUGCUCUUUGGUCAGGCCGGGGGAGUUUCAGCCGUGCCCCAGCAAGGCAUUGGCACAGGGAAAGAACCUGGCACGAAUCGUCAAGGCGUCUAUUCCGGCUGCCCACAAGUCCAUUGUGUCAUUCAAGCAGCUCAGGGAGGAUGUGUACGGGGAACUGGCUAAUGUGGAGCAGGUGGCUGGGAUACCGUGGAAUAGAUUCCCUGAGCUUAAUCGAAUUCUUAAAGGUCAUCGCAAAGGGGAGCUGACUGUUUUUACAGGUCCAACUGGCAGUGGAAAGACGACCUUCAUCAGCGAGUUUGCCCUGGAUCUUUGCAUGCAGGGUGUCAACACACUAUGGGGCAGCUUUGAAAUCAACAAUGUGCGCUUGGCCAAAAUUAUGCUGACCCAGUUUGCCAACGAAAGGCUGGAGGAGAACCUGGACCAAUAUGACAUGUGGGCUGACAAGUUUGAGGACCUGCCUCUCUACUUUAUGACCUUCCAUGGACAGCAGAACAUCAAGACUGUUCUGGAGACCAUGCAACAUGCGGUUUACCUGUAUGACAUUGGUCAUGUGAUCAUUGACAACCUGCAGUUUAUGAUGGGCCAGGAGAAUCUGUCUUUUGACAAGUUUGCAGUACAAGACCAUAUUAUUGGAGCCUUCAGGAAGUUUGCCACAAACAGCAGCUGUCACGUGACCCUUAUCAUCCAUCCCAGGAAAGAGGAAGAUGAUAAAGACUUACAGACAGCCUCCAUCUUUGGGACAGCAAAGGCCAGUCAGGAGGCAGAUAACGUGCUCAUCCUCCAGGAGAAGAAGUUGGUAACGUGCCCAGGUCGUAGAUCCCUUCAGGUGGUCAAGAACCGCUUUGAUGGUGAUGUGGUCUUUCCCUUAGAAUUUAACAAAGCCUCGCUCACCUUCUCUGCCCCUGUGAAAGGUAAACAGAAGCUUCGGAAAGUCAAAGCGGACAAGAAUGACAGCACAGAGGCAACAGAGGAAAUUGAACACAAAGAAAAAAUCAAGAAAACGAUCAAGUCUACCAAAGCUAAGACGGUUAAGGCGUCUGGGCCAGGAAAGGGUCCCACGGAUGAAAAAAAUAAUCUGUAGAUUCAAGAAUGAUUUUAUAUUCUUUAAGAUGAAUUCCGUGAACAAGGUUUUGUUGUAUUAGUGAGUCAAAUAUUUCAGUCUGGAAAAUAAUUUGUUGCUUCUGAGAUGGCCAACAUAAAAUGCUGUUCGUAGUGGUUCUGGAUGGAUUGGCAUGUUGUCUUAUUGCAUAAAGGUGUAAAUGCCAAAACUGUAUGAAUGUUACUAUUUUUACAUGUCCUUGAAUAACCGGGAGAACAGGUUGUCAUAUUCAAUGUUUCAUACCCCUUCAAUUCCUUAAUAAGUUAUUUACACUGAAAUAUGCAAUUUUAUAAACAAUAUUUGUUUUCCGAAGUAUUUUCCUGAUCAGUUCAUAAAACCAGUAGAAUGGUUUAAAGCACUUAACAGUAUCAUGUGCUGUAUAGUAAUACUGUAUAAUCCUUCCAUACAUUUCAUCAAUCUAAAGUGUUAGUUUAGUCUUAGUUUUUUUUAACAAACUAAUAAGCUGUUGGAAAUAGGCUGUGAAAAUGAAUGUUAAUAAAAGUGUUC